UCCAAUGCAAGCUCGCUCGCUCAUUGUGCCACCUGCAACGGGGCAACCCAGUCGACUCUCUCGUGACGCUUUUGCUAUACGCCCGCUUGAUGUCACCGGAACGUGUUUCGUACGCAUUGCCUUUCCCACCGUCCGCUCGCCGGCACCGGUAUUCGACGGAUGCGAACUGGAAACGGUGUUUCUCAGUGUUGCCUGUCGCUGGGAGAAUUUCGACCUACUUUCGCUUUCAGACAAGCGCGGACGACGUUCCGCGAAGCCAACAGCGGCCAACAUGACGCUGCUGGCGGCAGUCGUGGCCUGGGACUGGCGCUUCUUGACAACGACUCUGGUGUUCCUGGCCACGCUUUACGUGGUGCGCUUCUACCACAAGGUUUCGCAAUACCCGAAAGGGCCGUUCCCUCUGCCUGUCGUCGGAAACCUCCUCACUCUGGCCAAGGAAAAAGAGGUGCACAAGAAAGCCAUCACGUGGUCAAAGUAUUACGGAGACCCGUUCACGCUGUGGAUGGGCACUCAGCCGAUGAUCGUGCUCAACGGGUACGAAGUCAUCAAGGAAGGAUUCGUCGACAGGCGCCACGAUUUCGCCGGCCGAUUUGCGACGAAACUCGGUGAUAUUCAGAGAAUUGGCGACCAUGACAUCGUCUUUGAAGAUUACAACGCCACAUGGAAAGUCCUUCGCAAGGUAGCUGUCAGUGCUGUCAGAAAGUAUGCAGUAAGCGAGUCCCUGGAGAAGCUAUGUACAGAGGUUGUGGAUGCCUACGUUGACUCAUUAGAUGAUGAACCCGUGACACUCGAUGCCAGAGAUCCUCCCAUGUUCAUCAUCUUCAAUGUACUUUCAGCAUCAGCCUUCAGCGCCAAGUUCGACGCCAAGAGCGCCGACCUUGCCCGCAUAAUCAGCAUCAACCGUGCUUUCACGGAACUGGCACCAAACGGACUGCCGAGUGACAUAGCUCCCUGGCUGGGCAUAUUAUACCGCGCGAGAGAAAAAAAGUGCGAAGAUAUGUUCAAGGAGAUGCGAUCCAUCGUCGACAGGCUGUAUGCUGGAGCAAAGAAGACCUAUGAGCCAGGAAACAUAUCUAACUUCACCCAUGCCAUGCUGUCUGCAAGGGACGAAGCUCUGGAGCAAGAAAAGAGCGACGCCGAAUUUCUAACUGAAGGAAACAUGGUUCAAAUACUGAUAGACAUAUUCGGAGCUGGAACUGACACAUCAAUUGGGGAGCUACAGUGGCUUCUUCUCAAGAUGUCGCGAGAUCCAAGCAUUCAAGAAAAGAUAAAAAAAGAAAUCGAAAACAAUAUAGGUCAGUCACCGCCGACAAUGAAGGACAAAGAAAGGCUACCGUACACUGUGGCCUGCAUGAUGGAGACGCUUCGUUUUUAUCCAAUCGCACCUUUCGGCCUCCCGCAUAAAACGUCACAUAACACGGAGAUUGCCGGCGUCCCGAUUCCGAAGGACACCAGGCUGAUGUACAACAUAUACAACGUCAACCACGAUCCCAAGCUCUGGACGGACCACGAAGUGUUCAGGCCGGAGCGGUUCUUGGAUCCAGUCACAGGAAAGCUCGCAUCCAAGGACCGCCUGCCCCCUCUUCUCAGCUUCGGCCUCGGACCUCGAGUGUGUCCCGGAGAGAAGUUGGCGCAAGCGGACAUGUUCUACGUGCUCGUGAGACUCAUGCAGCGGCUCAGCGUCGCAGCGCCUGACGGCGCGCUCGGACAAGAAGUGGCGGCGAUGGGACACAGCUUCUUCCUCAUUGCGGGUCGCCAAAACGUCGUUCUCACCAAGAGUGCCUGAACGUUAUCGUGCCGAAGGGUGGUGUGUACCUGUCUAUCUAUGAGGUGCUCGUCGAUAAUUUGUAAUCGUAUGGUUGAAUCGGUGUGACGUGUAGCGCAAUGCCAUGACAUGGACACGCCAAGAAGAAGGAGCGACAGACACAACACAUCGCUUUAUUGGACAAACAACGACAUUUUCUUUUAUUAUUUCUGCACUUACUGUAUAGUUGUACACGAGCCAUGUGCAACACAAAACUACUUGUCAACACACAUUCUAGGCGACCAUAUUGGAAACGAAAAAUAAAGAAAAAGGUCCUGAGAAAUUCAAAAACACGCAAACGACCACGAGCGGUAUGAUACAUUUCAAUGACAAACGUUAAUCCAGGCAUCCGCACGUACUCUAGUUUGCUUUUAUGGUUCAUUUUAACGCGGUUCCUGACCCACAUGACUAGAGUAUGAGUACAGCCUGUCGCGGAAUAAGAUUUCGUUGUUGAAAGUAAGUGCUGGAUAACAAUUGUUUCUUGUCGUGUCCAUGAUGUGGAAAGAACAGGAUGCAUAUAUCUGUGAUCACCCUAUACUGUGCAAGUAUAAUCAAUGUUUGUUAAAUCAACCUCACUGUAAUAUGAACAAUAAACGGCGCGCAUGACUUGUAGAAAUCAUUCGUGUCGCUUAUAUAUGAUCACUUCAGGAUACGUACUGAAUAAAUCGGACAGCACAUAUCUUAUAUUGCAGAAGUAAAUAUAACGCGCGCCACCGUGCUCCAGAGUCGCUACGCUAUGUUCAAAAACUCAUCAUGGCUCGACGUUCCUCGUGAUUACUAGUUUCCGCCGAAGGGUGCAGGAGAAGAGUGUAAGGAGGAUGGUAGCAGUGCUUCAUUGGCGAUGCUUCGCUAAUUUCCAGCGUCUUCAAAUGGGCGCUGACGGUGCCCGAAUGCUAAACUAUAUAUCAGUAACAGGAAUGCACUGAUCCCUUCAACAAAGGUGCGGCACUUCCAUUCGCUUGGGGAGCGAACGAGGUGCAAAAGGGGAACAAGAAAUAGC